GUUUUUCCAAAAUGUUGAAAUGAGAAAAAUCGCUUGUGUGGUGCAAGGUGUGAGCAGACGACCAGAGCGACAAGCUGACAAACGAUACCUCUAAUAGGACAGACGGCACCACGAUGAAGCAACUGAUUGCAUUGGCGUUUCUCUCUACCAUUUCAGUGGCUUCAUCUUCCACUAACUACAAGCCCCUCUACUAUGACAGAAUGAUACAUUUUUCGCCGGAUGGCCGGUUACUUCAAGUGGAGUAUGCUGCCACCGCCGCAGAGAAUUCAUCACCACUCAUAGUUUGCCAAUUGGGGUGUUGUGACGACACAAUGGUAGCCAUGACGUGUUCACGGUCUCCGUCGAAUAGUGCCAGUAGUAGACACCACCAAAGACCCCAGGAUCGCUUAGUGGUCUUGGAAGAUACGGCUGUGGUGGCCAUGAGUGGAGUCCUGGCAGACAGUUUGGCAUUAUUGAAGCAGGCACUGAAUGAUUGGGAAGAUUUUAAGUUUGUGUUUGGAGACCAAGAUCGUCCAUCCAUGAUGCUCACCAAGAUAGCAGAAUCAAUAGGAACUGCCUGUCAUACCAAUUGUUUCUCAGGAGGAAUACGACCCUAUGGUUCAACUAUGCUCGUAAUGGGAAUUGAUAUUGACGGGGCGACAGCAGGGGAAGACAAAAGAAACGAUGCUACAGAAGCCUCCCAGCCAUUUCCAUUUCGAAUCAUCCAGACUGAUCCUUCUGGUGGUGUCAAAUCAAUUCCUCUACAAUCCACUGACAAACAAAAAUCACAGCAAGUUUCUUCUUCCAGUGUUGAUCUUUUGAAAAUCACGGGAGGGAGCCAUGAUCAGAGGCUGAAGCUGGAAAAGGCCAUUCAGAAACUGGAAGAUGAUCCCUCAUCCACAAUGUGGGAACGAAUUCGAUCCUUGGCAGCAAUUCUCGUGGAUGCUCAGGAAGAAAUGGACAAUACUGCCUCAUUCUUUGGAUUGAAGAAACGAAAGAGACGCAAUAAGAAGGAUAGUACUGGUGAAAAUCCAACAGAGGCACGGCUCAACUACAAGUUCGAGGCAGUGAUACUGUCGAGUAAAUUGGGGAUCCACCGACUCACAGAGGAACAGGUAGACCAACUCCUCAAGGAAGUUGACUCGAUGUAACUAGAGCAGCUUGUACUGUAGUGGUUCCUCCUACUAGCAAGGAGGAAGCAAUAAUCUAGGAAGCAAGUGUAGCUAUCUUUGAUGGAACUGUACUACUUCAUUCAAGGAUUGCUAGUUUUCCUCGAUUGUAUUUCGAUUGAAAAUUGGCUGCUGCGUCAGACGAAGACGAAUCUUCACAGCGCACCACACAAACCCCGCAAUGCCAUCGUGCAACUUCUCCUCCGAGUUUGGUAGCCCCGCAUCUUGAGUCAGUGGGGCUUAAUCUCCCAAAGACUAUCCUUCCAACGCCUCCGUAGACCUCUGUCUUGUCAGCAUCUCAUAUACCUGGAAGACAGGGCCCUGGUUGCUGAAAAGCGGAGUAACGUACUGCCAGCUAGAAAAGGGAUCGUGCAUUUUGGAAAAGCACCUCUGCAGUUGGACAACCAUAUUCUUGGGUGAACGUCCAAUCACUCCCAGCAUGCCCUCUGGUACACGGAUAUCCCAUCACCUUUACGAAUCCUGGGCUAUCUAGACACCAGGUCCUUGCUGCAAGCAAAAUCCGUCAAAUUUGCUCAGAUUUUCCAGUCCAAGGAUCGGUUUUAGUCGUAGACAACUUUAUUGGGGAUGGGGAUCGUGCCAAACACUACCGCGAAACACGGGUACAGAAUCGCCGUAUGUACAAGCUUCGUAGGGCUGGUAGGGUGCUUCAUUUGGGA